UUUAGUUAGAAAAAUCAUAUUCAUACUGAAUUCAUUCAACAUGAAGUUCUUACAAGUUGUACUACUCGCUCUAGCGGCGCUCGUGGCUUCUGUGGCUGCAGGGCCCCGUCCAAUCCCGAAUGUACAGAAUCCUGUCGUGGUCGGGCGCAUCGCUGAGCCGAAUUUUGUGACGGUUCCCUUCAACUGCCCUCCUGGUCAGGAGAUGAGUACAGAUGGAGUUUGCCGUGAACCCUGGUAUGCUCCAGAAGAUGGUAAACCUGAAAAUAAAUCAUUUGGUGAUGGGUUCGUGAUGGUGCAAAGGAGGAAGCGCCGUCAGCGAGCCAACAAGAACCGCUGUGGCAAGGCUCCUGUGUACAUCUCCCGCCUGCACUACACCACUAAGGCGGAGGACAUCGUGGAGUACGUGCGCCAGAAGCUGAGAUAUAAUAUACCUACUAAGACUAGUAUAAAAACCAUGGUUUUAGUUAGAAAAAUCAUAUUCUUACUGAAUUCAUUCAACAUGAAGUUCUUACAAGUUGUACUACUCGCUCUAGUGGCCCUCGUGGCUUCUGUGGCUGCAGGGCCCCGUCCAAUCCCGAAUGUACAGAAUCCUGUCGUGGUCGGGCGCAUCGCUGAGCCGAAUUUUGUGACGGUUCCCUUCAACUGCCCUCCUGGUCAGGAGAUGAGUACAGAUGGAGUUUGCCGUGAACCCUGGUAUGCUCCAGAAGAUGGUAAACCUGAAAAUAAAUCAACCAUGGUUUUAGUUAGAAAAAUCAUAUUCAUACUGAAUUCAUUCAACAUGAAGUUCUUACAAGUUGUACUACUCGCUCUAGCGGCGCUCGUGGCUUCUGUGGCUGCAGGGCCCCGUCCAAUCCCGAAUGUACAGAAUCCUGUCGUGGUCGGGCGCAUCGCUGAGCCGAAUUUUGUGACGGUUCCCUUCAACUGCCCUCCUGGUCAGGAGAUGAGUACAGAUGGAGUUUGCCGUGAACCCUGGUAUGCUCCAGAAGAUGGUAAACCUGAAAAUAAAUCAUACAGUAAAUAACCACUGGUUUCAUAGUCUUUGAAAUAAAUAAAUGAAUAAAACUGUGG